ACGCCAACUUCAUCAAAAUAGUCUGCUUUCCUGCAGGUGCCACCGCUGUGUUGUGAUGGCGGCUACAUUACCAGCACUGGCCGUUCCAGGUCAACGUUUGGGCUCAAUUGCUUCCUAUUCUGCAGGCCCAGGUACACACGUCCAGAAUGCCACUAUUUACGCGUCUAUAGCAGGUCCGGUUGUCCUAGACCCUGUCCAAUCAAGUGCCAAAGCAAAGUCGAUUCUCAGCGUCUCGCGCACAUUGCGCGGGACACCGGCAUCUACACCCAAAACAGAAGCUGCGAAACCCAGCAAACUGAAAUACAACACUCUUCCCGCAGUAGAAUCGGUUGUUCUGGCACGAGUGACACGUGUGCAGAAACGCCAGGCCGCCGUUUCUAUUCUUGUUGUACUUGAUGAGUCUAAUGCUUUGACCCCGGACCUGUCGCAGGCUGCUUCGGACAACGACAGUAUGGCGUCCAUUCUUACAUCUGCAGCAAACCCAGAGAAUCACAGCAGCUCCGACGAGCUUCGUUUUCAGGCUCUUAUUCGGAAAGAGGAUGUGCGUGCCGUCGAAAAAGAUCGUGUCGUCAUGGACGAGAUGUUCCGGGUUGGUGAUAUUGUACGUGGCACCGUCAUCUCGCUAGGUGACCAAAGCUUCUACUACCUUACCACCGCACGCAAUGAUCUGGGCGUCGUCAUGGCUCGCAGCGAAGCUGGUAAUAUGAUGUUCCCUGUGAGCUGGAAGGAAAUGAGAGACCCAGCUACCGGUCUUGCGGAGUUGAGGAAGGUGGCCCGGCCAUUCUGAGUGCGUUCGAUCAGUCGAUUCUAUCAUAUCACCGACAAUCCGCACUCGUAUUCAUGCUGAAUUUCAUCAAUAUCUACAAAAUUAUCAUGAAGGCAUUUUGAGAUCCUAGCCCAUCCUUGGGUCCCGAUUAAGGGCCAGAUAGGCUGGACGGCAGACCCCGUGGAGAGACCAGGUUAUCCUCCCAACAGUUUUGCUGCAAUUUCCAAAAGACCACUCCUGUCAGUCGGCCUACGAGCACGUCCAGGACGCAACUCUCAACCGAAUUCGUAUCUUGGCCGAUCAGCUUCAUUGGUACAAGAUAUAGGAGAAUUGAAACCGAUCUCAAUCUCGAGCGAACCGAGCCAUAAAGCUCAUGCAUUUUCUGAAGGAAAUGCCAGUACGGCAUCCUUAUUACUAGACAGUCUGCACACAGUGCUUUAAAGACACUGUCUAUUUAACAUUCUAGUUUCUAAAAGAAUACGAAUGAAACCCAU